AUGGCCGACCACAAUGGCUCCAUGCAGGCUGGCGUUGCCCGCAACCCAGACCUCGCGCUAAACAUCAGCCGAGAGCAUGAGCACGAGCACGUGCACCACAGCGCGAAUGCUGUUCACCACGACAACUCUCAGCCAGUGUACACCACUGGAACUACUGAUGAGAAGGUCAGCAAGCUCCUGCAACCCAGCGCGCAGGAUUCGCAUGUUCACCAUCGCCAUGUUGAACAUGAUAUCGAGAAGACUGGCGGAAUCGCCAAUUAUGAUGAGAAGGAUACUCGUAGCUCCUCCAAUGAUCCCGAGGGCGAGUAUGAUUCGAAGAAGAAGAAGUGGUAUUCUCCGUCGGUCUUAUAUCGCAAGUAUCGUCUGCUAUUCCACAUCUUCGCUGGAUGCUUGUUCACUGGAUGGUGGGUCGCCAGUGUCGUCGUACAUCGCAAAGACAAGAACUGGGUCAUUCCGUUCUUGUUCUGGCUGGCCAUCAUGAUCCGAUUGAUCACUCUCCACAUCCCAAUUACCAUCGUCACCAAGCCCAUGCACUGGGUAUGGAAUAACACCGGAGUCCGCUUUACAAGCCUUAUCCCUGAGAAGAUGCGAAUCCCAGCCGGUGCUGCAUUGGCUAUCGCUGUUAUUAUCGUCGGUUCCUUUGCCAGUGAGGAGAGCGAGGACAACACCCGCGCCAACCGUGCCGUCUCCCUCGUUGGUUUGGGUCUCUUCAUUGCCGGUUUCUGGGCCACUUCCCGCAACAGGUCCAAGAUUAACUGGCACACGGUCAUUGUUGGUAUGCUGCUCCAGUUCAUCAUCGCGCUGUUCGUCCUGCGCACAGGAGUCGGUUUCGACAUCUUCAACUUCAUCUCUGAGCUCGCGCGCCUGCUCCUCGGUUUCGCGAACGACGGUGUGAUUUUCCUGACAGACAAGACUGUUCCAGAGAAGAAAUGGUUCUUGACUGGUGUUAUUCCCGCCAUCAUCUUCUUCGUCUCGUUCGUCCAGCUCCUGUACUACUGGGGUAUCCUCCAGUGGUUCAUUGGCAAAUUCGCCGUCUUCUUCUUCUGGGCCAUGCGUGUCUCCGGUGCCGAGGCUGUCGUCGCUUCUGCCUCACCUUUCAUCGGUCAGGGAGAAUCUGCCAUGUUGAUCAGGCCCUUCGUAGCUCAUCUUACCAUGGCCGAGAUGCACCAAGUCAUGUGCUCUGGUUUUGCUACCAUUGCCGGAAGUGUGCUGGUUGCCUAUAUUUCCAUGGGUCUCAACCCCCAGGCUCUGAUCUCCUCUUGCGUCAUGAGUAUCCCCGCCUCGCUCGCCUUCAGCAAGCUUCGUUACCCCGAAGAGGAAGAGACUCUUACAGCCGGCCGCGUUGUGAUUCCAGACGACGAGGAGCACAAGGCUGCGAACGCGCUCCACGCAUUUGCCAACGGUGCUUGGCUCGGUCUCAAGAUCGCCGGUAUGAUCGUCUCGACGCUCUUGUGUAUCAUUGCGCUCUUGAACAUGGUCGACGGACUGCUCACUUGGUGGGGACGCUACAUCAACCUUGAUGGCGAGUACGACCUCACUCUGGAGCUCAUUCUUGGCUACAUCUUCUACCCCGUCGCAUUCUUCCUCGGUGUAUCGCGCGAGGGCAAGGACAUCCUCCUCGUCAGCCGUCUUAUCGGUAUCAAGGUCAUCACCAACGAGUUCGUCGCUUUUGCCACGCUUGUCGCCGCCGACGACCCAACAUCCGAGUACCACUCUUUGUCGCCCCGCUCCCGUGUCAUUGCCACCUACGCUCUCUGCGGUUUCGGCAACAUUGGUUCGCUCGGUACCCAGAUUGGUGUGCUCAGUCAGAUCAGCCCCGGACGAAGUGGCGACGUUUCACGUCUCGCUGUUUCUUCUCUGAUUUCUGGUGUCUUCUCGACGCUGUCCAGUGCGACCGUUGCUGGUCUUGUCAUUGUUGAUCAGGGCAAGUUCUCGAGUGGCGCGUAG